GACGAUCAUAAUCAUGUAAAGAGCGUUUUAACGAAUCUUCUGAAUAUACGGAAUCGAGUCAGUAAGGAAUACAAUCAAUAUAGCUGUGAAAAUUACUCUCAUAACAGUAAAUUCCAGAUUUUGAACGAAAAAGUACAGGAGAAAUUCUUGAUUAAGUAUUCUAAGGACUUUGAAUCUAUUCUGUGUAAUAUCCAUUCAAGUGAUAGGUACGAGUCUUAUAAUAAAUAG